UUGAGACGUGUGAAACAAAAGCUAACUUCCGACAGAGCACCAAGCACGAAAGACAUGGCGCUAAAUUUCGCGAAGUCCUUAAUGCUAAUUUUAUUAGCUGUGAUUACGGUCAUUGGACUGGCAACCUCCGACCCAAUCGAUAUUCAAGGUCGGAUAAUAUCUGGAAGUCAGGCAAAACUUGGUCAGUUUCCUUGGCAAGUGAUUUUAAAGCGAGACGAAUGGGAUGAUCUGCUUUGUGGAGGAUCCAUAAUUUCUUCAUUAUGGGUACUGACGGCAGCACAUUGCACCGAUGGCCAUAGCUCUAUCUUUUUGAUAUUCGGUAGUAUCCAGCUAAACAAUGAAGACGCUCAAAACAUGACGUCUACAAAUAUCUUUGUCCAUCCAAACUACAACGAAAAUUUGAAUAACGAUGUUUCGUUGAUAAAACUUCCGGAAGCACUGACAUUUUCAUCUAGCGUUCAACCCAUACAAUUGGUAACCGAGUCCCAGCAAUCGAACACAUUUGUGGGCACUGUGGCAAUCAUAGCAGGAUUUGGAUUACUGGACGAUGAGUACCUGGACUAUUCGCAAACAUUAAUGUAUGCCCAAGUAGAAAUAAUUCCAAAUUCCGGAUGCCUGUCUAUUUUUGGGAGUAACGUCGUUAUGGAGUCGACACUUUGUGCUAGAGGAUUUGAUGGAAGUAACAUGUCCAUUUGUAGCGGAGAUUCUGGCGGUCCACUCAUCAUCUACAACACCAGCAUUGGAGAGUGGCAACAAAUUGGCAUUAAUUCGUUUGUCGCUGAAGAUCAAUGUACCGCCAGCUAUCCUUCUGGAUAUGUUCGCCUAACUUCCUUCCUAAGCUAUAUUGAUCAAAUUACAAGCAACAAUAUAUAAAAUCUGCACUGAUUUUAAUUUAAAUAAAUUCAAACAAUGGGACAUAAA